CUGGUCCUUUACCGGAGCUCGUAGCGUCAUGCAGAGGAUGGGAGGACACUGCAAGUGGUAUAUAACCCGUGACACAGAGGCUGAAUAUUCCGCCUAGAAACGCGCGUCUUUAUUGGAUACAUGUUGUUGCUAAGGGCGUGGAUUUGUGUGUUAAAUGGACUUGUCUCCUUCCCAUAUCAAGUGUAAUCUGAGAGAUACGGUGCACAAAUUCUGUCCGAACAAAUGCUGAGAUGCUUUGGAAGAAGGCUGUGCCGCAGUGAACAAGCAAUCUGAUCAGCGCUUCUACUCAGCUGCCGAACGACGCUCAAGAGAGGAACUGCCCCCCAGCGGAGGCGCAUAGUAACCGGGCGAUGCAUGGGCAAAUGCUACGGUGUGGAGGUCACGCCUCCCUGAAUUCAUUCUGCUUUUCAAUCGAGAAACUGCCGUUAUGAAUGACAAAUAACCAUCUAUUGGUUCGACUAGCAUACGAAUAUAGCGGUCACAGCUGCGUAUAUGAGAGUGGCAAGUGAUGGGUCUUUGAGGGAUUAGAGAGAGACAGAGGGAACUAUCCUGGCCCGACAACCGUGAGUGUUUAUCAUAGCAAUUCUACCUCCCACGAGUUCUGCUUCUACAAACCAGUUCGAUUGCUUCAGGAACACAACGUUUCAAUAAAAUAUGAUUUAUGUGAUGUUCAUCAAAUAGCAUUUAGUUACUAUGUAAUAAAUAAAUGCAACAUUUCAAUUGGCUUGCAGGCUGGAUUUAUGUUAAGCUGAGCCGCAUUAAAUCAAUCAGUGGCACCAUUGCACUGAUUGUUAAAAGAGUUUGUCAUCAUUUUAUGGACAUUUAUGUAGGCCUGUGAGAUCAUUUUAGGGAAGUAUACCCACGUUGCCUAACUGCGUCAGUGUCUGCGAACGUUGCAGGUGUGAACUCCCCUACGCUGGGAAGGACCAUGAUAGCAGUCGCUCCUGAAUGUCACCGAUAACUGUCUAAACAUUUCCCGGGAAUGGAUUCCGGGGAGGACUCGGGCUCCGACCCACCGCUAGGAUCCACAUUCUCCUCGGUGCCUAAUUUAGAUUCUGACAUCAAUGCCAACAUCCGUAUCUACGAAAACGGAGGAAAUCGGAGUGUAAAUAACAUAGAAACUGCUGCGCUGCGAGGGGCAAGCGACCCAAGUGCGUAUCCUUUAUCGGAUUACCGAGGACUGGUCCGCCAGAGGUUUAUUCGCAGAAGUUUGUGGUUUUCGGACGCAGACGACCAAACGUUGGACACGCCAGAAUGCGUCAACAGCACUCCAGUCCUCAGCGUCCACCUGCGUACCAUCGUGGACCGAACCCGAACUCGCGCGCUUGGACCACGCGUGGCUUUCCAGGUCCUGGAAAGCUCCAGCACCGAGAGCCAAGUGGUGCUUAAGGACAGCGCCACUGAGAGCGUGAGCACGGAUGAGAAAGAAAGGAGUGAGGCCGAGCCCAAAUCAGAUGAUGCUGCUGCAACAUCGCCGGAUACCAUCGGAAAAGCGGGGAGUGACGAGAACGAGGACGAGAAUGAAAUAAAAGCCGUGUCCACUUCACCUGGGGGCCGGUUUCUGAAGUUCGACACUGAGCUCGGGAGAGGGUCCUUCAAGACGGUCUAUAAAGGUCUGGACACGGACACCUGGGUGGAGGUGGCUUGGUGUGAACUCCAGGACCGUAAGCUGACCAAAGCAGAGCGUCAGCGGUUUAAGGAGGAGGCAGAGAUGUUGAAGGGUCUCCAGCACCCCAACAUUGUGCGCUUCUAUGACUUCUGGGAGUCACCGGUCAAAGGGAAGAAGUGCAUAGUUUUGGUGACUGAGCUCAUGACCUCAGGCACACUAAAAACCUAUUUGAAGCGUUUCAAGGUGAUGAAGCCCAAGGUCCUGAGGAGCUGGUGUAGACAGAUCCUGAAGGGCCUCCACUUCCUCCACACCCGGGCCCCUCCCAUCAUCCACCGGGACCUGAAGUGUGACAACAUCUUCAUCACCGGACCCACCGGCUCCGUCAAGAUAGGAGACCUGGGCCUGGCCACGCUGAAGAGGGCCUCCUUCGCCAAGAGUGUCAUCGGUACACCAGAGUUCAUGGCCCCAGAGAUGUAUGAGGAACACUACGAUGAGGCGGUGGACGUCUAUGCCUUUGGGAUGUGCAUGCUGGAGAUGGCCACCUCAGAGUACCCCUACUCAGAGUGCCAGAACGCUGCUCAGAUUUACCGCAAAGUCACCAGUGGGGUGAAACCUGCAAGCUAUGAUAAGAUCAGUGACCCAGAGAUUAAGGAGAUUAUUGGCGAGUGUAUCUGCCAUCGGCGGGAGGAGAGGUACACGAUAAAGGACCUCUUAAACCACGCCUUCUUUGCGGAGGACACAGGCGUAAGGGUGGAGCUGGCCGAGGAGGACGAUGGGAAAAUGAGUUCCAUCGCUCUGAAACUGUGGGUGGAGGACCCCAAGAAGCUGAAGGGGAAGUACAAGGACAGCGGGGCCAUUGAGUUCACCUUUGACCUGGAGACAGAGACCCCAGAGGUUGUGGCUCAGGAGAUGGUGGACUCAGGCUUCUUCCUGGACAGUGAUGUCAAGAUCGUAGGAAAGUCCAUCAAGGACAGAGUGGCUCUCAUCAAAUGGAGGAGGCAGCGUACCGUCCCUGCAGCCCCAUCCCGGACCCUACUAAAGGUGCCCAGCAUGGGAGUUCCACCACAGGGGGCGCCAUUGGCCCAGGCAGAGCCCGAGGAGUCGGACAUCGACCAGCCUCUUACCUUCCUGUCCACCCAGCCCUCCCAUGAAACCUCCGCCAUAUCUGACAGUGGAGUCGGCCUCCCAGCGUUGUCAGAAGAACAAAACAGUCAGCACAGCGCCCCCUACCAGACCCUCCAAGAGCCCACCUCUACAUCCCAGGUGGUUUACAGCCCCCCUCUACAGCCCCAGGCCCAGCUGCAUCAGGGGGCCUACCAGCAGCCCACUUCACAGCCUCAGCAAGUGGCUUACUCUCAAGCCUCCACCACGCAGCUGCAUCAGGGUGCCUACCAGCAACCUACAGCGCAGCUGCACCAGGGGGCCUACCAGCAACCUACAGCGCAGCUGCACCAGGGAACAUACCAGUCCCCACCUCCCAGUGCGGGGUUGAUGCAGCCCCAGUUCCAGCCCCUGGACGAGCCACAGCCCCAGCCCCAAACCGAGGCAGGCUUUGGUUCAGCCACCCCGGGGCCCCUGGUACAUCAGAGCAGACAAGCAGCACCACCGAUAUUUUCAGCUGCUUCCUCUGUCCCCAGUGUAGAGGCACCGGCACAGACACGACUUACAGUCCUGCCCUGCCAGGAGUUGUCUGCCAGCCAGCCUGAUACCCCCACCAGUCUUCUCCAAUCAACUUCCUGCCUUGUCAGCAGUGCUCCUCCUCCUCUACAACGGCCUGUCCAGGCCACGCCCCCUCUCCAGCCACUGCAAAUUGGUUCACAGCUGUCCUCCUCGGCAUGUCCUGUCAUGCAAACAGGGGGCACCCCAGGAGGAAGUGAGCCUGUCCCCUACUCUCUGGCUCCUCUGUGCCCUGCCUACCAAGCCAGCAUUGCCCCCCCCAUACCCAGUCCCCCCAGCCCCUAUUACUCCCCUGUAACAACCCACCCCUACCCAUCAUUAUCCCUUGGCACCAUGCAGACAGUGUCCGUGCCCCCACUAUGCCAGAAGACAUCGGGCAUGGGAGUACCCAUCCCUCUGCCCACUGUGGCCAUGACCGUUAUGCCUGUGCAGGCCUGCUCUGACACCUCUCAGCAAGAUCUGACCGCUCCCCAGCCCUCCCACCCCAUGCCCCUCACCCACGUACAGCACGUCCCCCUCCCCACCCCCCUGCCCGAGAAGCACGUGGAAGAGCAACCUGUCCAGGUCCAGUCUGGUGCUCCUCAGAACCCCCAGGGGGAGACUCAGGUUUCGCCACCUGGCCCGCUCCACCCUGUGCAGGCGGAUGUCCUGUCCCUACCCUGGAGUGGGGAGCUGGGGGAUCCAGAGCAGUCUCUCCUUGAGGGCCAAGCCCUGCCCCUGGAUCUGGUCCCGGCUGCAGCCCUACGGCUUACUGGCAUCCCCGCAGCAGCCCCAGUGCCAGACGGUGCCAGCUCGCCCACCAUACAGCAGAACCUGGACAUUGUGUCUAUAUCUACCUUUUCCCAGCCAGAGGCCAGGCAAGAGGAGCCAGUGCAGGAGAAGCCCAUGUCGAUUCACUGUUACACUGGCUAUGACAGUUUGAACUCAGACGUGGCUUCGGGCAAGGAGAUGAGUGACAGCUACGAUGGGUCGGCCAGUGGUGGGAAAGGGGACGGGAAGCCACGAAAACACCACCGCAAGUCCUCGCGUACACGGUCACGCCAGGAGAAGACCAACAAACCCAAAUUGAGCAUGCUCAAUGUGUGCAACACAGGGGACAAGAUGGUGGAGUGCCAGCUGGAGACACACAACCACAAAAUGGUGACUUUCAAGUUUGACCUGGAUGGAGACGCUCCGGAGGAAAUCGCCAUUUACAUGGCGGAAAAUGGAUUCAUCCUGCCCAAUGAGAAGGAGAUGUUCAUUGACCAGCUGAAGGACAUUGUGGACAAAGCUGAGGACAUGCUGAGCGAGGACAUGGAGGGAGAGACGGCCCCUUCUCUGGGUGGAAGUCCCCAGCUGGGACACAUCUCUGGGGGGCCGGGUGGAGAGAGUCAGCAGCCUGGAGCACCCGUUUAUCAGCAGAAUGUGCUCCACACGGGGAAGAGAUGGUUCAUCAUCUGUCCUGUGGAGGAGACUCCCACUUCCAGCCAGGAAGGGACUACUCAGCAUGACGCGAUGACAGCUGCACAGCCUGAUGGGAGUGUGGUGACAGGCCAGUCUGCAGAGGGUGGGACUGCAGGCACUACGUCGGGCAGAGUAUCAACAUCCUCCUCUGUAGCCAACUCCGUGUCUGGGGGAAGUGGGGGCUUCACCUAUGAGGGAUAUGGCCUCUGUAGCCCUCCCAUCCUCUCCUCCACAGACCCUCUCCUCCUGGCUAUGUCCCAUGUCCCCGCCUCCUCUGUCCCCUCAGGCCCGCCUCCAGAAGGCCAGGCUCACAGCUCAACUCUGCCCAGGGUGCAUCACACCCAGCCAGCCUCCGUCCCGCCGGCCAUCCCCUCCGCGGGUCUUCGCAGCUCCCCGUCCGGGGAAGAGUACCAGGGGGGAGGGCGUCUCGGUGCCAUCUCCCCAGUCCAAGCCACCCAGCAGAUGGCAGAGAUUGCUUGCACUGCCUCCAUGGUGGAGGAGGUGCCCUGUUGCCCGCUGGUCAUGCCUCUGUCCCUGGACGUCAGUGGUGGAGCCCAGGUGGGCUCGGCUCCUCUCACCCCUCUGCCCAUCCAGGACCCCUCCACCUCCUCCGCCAGGGAGUCCUUGCAGCUCUCCUACUCCGCCAUAGCCCGUGGUGACCGCUCCCAGCAGCCUGUGGUCCUCCAGCAGCCUUUCUCUUCGGUGGGCGGAGCCAAGGCCCCUUCUCUGCCGCAGAGUCCCGCCCCCCACCAGCAUGCGGCGGGGGGGCCCGGCGAAUCGGACGGGGAGGGGCGAGGGUUGGGGGGCAGGGGGGGCUUUGUGGACAGCACCAUCAAGACUCUGGACGAGAAGCUGAGGAACCUGCUGUACCAGGAGUACGCCCCCAUGUACCCGUCAGGCAGCAUGGCCGAGACCCCUGGCUCCGGGACGGAGUACGUCCAGUCCCCACCUGGGCCCGACAGCGCCACCCUGGGGUCAGGAAACAGCACCCCUGGACCGAUGGGGGAGGGGCGCUACCGGACAGGAGAACAGCUGCCUCAGAUCCCGGAGAGGAUGGACAGUUUGAGCACCAUGAGUGAUUCUGCUGUGUGUGCUCCCAUGUCUAGGAGACAAAAUGUAGUCCACUCAACCUCCUGCUCUGGUUCUGGAUCCAGAGGACGGUUUAAGAUGAACACAGGCCCUCCUGAUAUGGUGACACAAGGGGAGCAAAAACAGAGGAGCUGGAGCAGCGCCACCUCCCCGGCGCACCCUGCUGGCCACCUCUCUGACCACUGCGCCUCACAGGUUGGGGCCAUAGCCCCUUCCGCCACCAUCGGACGUUUUUCCGUUGUCAGCGCAGAGGACUGCAUCGCCCUGAUGACCUCCGGCAGCCGGUACUCCGCCCCGCCGGACUUCUACCUGGAGACGCCUCCCUCUGUGACCAAGCGGGGGUCGUUGCCACGCGCCUCCAUGUCCGCCUCCAUGUCCGCGGACGUUACGGUCCACGCGCGCUUCAUGUCCUCGGACUCGGAAAGCAGUCCGGCCAAGCAGCCCUCGGCCACGCCCUCACGCCACGGCCGCUCAGGGGAGCGUCGAGGGAGUGACCUCAUGAAGAGGGCGGUGGCCUUCCUGCGGCGCUCGGGCCGCAGUAGCAGUCUGCAGAGCUCUGACUCGCCGAGCCGCCAGGGGGGCGUGCACAGCUCGGCUUAUAUCAGUAGUGACAACGACUCUGAGAUUGAGGACUCGGAUAUGAAGAGAGAGCUGAACAGACUCAGGGAGAAACAUUUGAAGGAGAUCUCGGAGCUCCAGGCCCAUCAGAGAGGGGAGAUAGAGCUGCUGUACCUCAGGCUUGGUAAAGCCACCCCCCCCCCUCUGGGUCUCUCGCACACGGCCCCACCCAAGCGGAGGAAUAAGCAUAAGCACAAGCUCAAGGCUGGCAGACUCCUCAGUCCUCUGGUGCAACAGCUGAGGAAUGUCACCACCAAAACCAGCGACUCCAGCAAAACCAACCGAGAUAAAGCCAAGGAAGGUCAUCAGCUAUCAGACAAGACAACGCUGUGGAUAGAGCAGGUUUGCCGACAGGAAUCCAAGGGCCCGGGUGAGCAUACAGUAAGUCUUAAUGGAUCUCCGGCCAAAGCUCCAGUCCAGGCAGAAAGCAAAGCCUGUUCAGGUAUCAGUCAACAGGCUGCCACCUCGGAACCAGUCCAGACACAGCAGCCCUGCUCCCUGAAAGGUUCCCUCUCCUCAGACAACAUCUACGCUGGAGCCGGACUACACGGAGAGGGGACAGGAACCCAAGCUCCCCCAGUCCAAGGCUGGCCCCCUUACCCUCCAGCGCCCGAGAGAGUGACCUAUAAAUCCAGUAGCAAGCCACGCGCUAGAUUCCUCAGGACAACGCUGAAACGACUCUGCCUUGGUAAAGAGCGGGCCAGAGGGACUGGGGCGGGCCCAGGAGCAACCAAUCAGCCGGCCCAACAAGGGGCGGCCUGUUCCACCCCUCCAACUCACCAGCCAAUAGCAGGGCUGGCCCAAGCCCAGGCCAACAACAGCAACAACAAGACCAGCAGGUACAGCGGCGCCUACCCGGGCUCCUACACAGCGUCCUUCACCGAUGACCUCCACAGGCUAGUGGACGACUGGACCACAGAGGCACUGGUUGUCUCCCAGCGACCACGGACCAGCUCCCUCAGCCUCAGUGGGCAUUCACUUUGGAACGAUUACCCCAGGGGGCCUGGAACCAGAGCCAGGAUGGCCAGUGCUCAAGAUAAAUCGAGACUCAUCAGACCAGGCAACAUUCUUCCAGUCUUCAACUGUCCAAUUUUGGCGCCUGCCAGGACAGCGCGUGGCUCCGAACGCCCACAACUCCCCUUCUCGUGGCCAAUGAUUGACAGCCAGGCACCGGGCUCAGUGAGGACCGGCUCCCCAGGAGAAGGGGGGUUCCAGCCUGGUUACAUGGUGACCCGUCCAGCCCCAGACCUGUUCGGAGGGCUUCUGCCUUCACCGCUCUCACCCUUCUGCGUGAGCCAGUGGCCUGAGAUGCUGUCCCCCUUGAGCUCAGGGGUGUAUGCUGCUUUGCCUGCUGUGCUCCCAGCUUGGGGCACUGCUCCACCCUACAAGGCUCCCGACCCGAAAAGCAGGACCCUUUAACCUGCCGCCCCUAUAGUAUCAUGUCUUCCAACUUUGUUACCAAAAAUUAGUUAUAUCUAGUCAGAGCUCUAGGCACAGUAUGUAAUUGUAUACAUUUAACCAGCAUGUAUGUACAUAGUAAGCAUUUGUAUAUAUAUAUAUAGCCCAUAUGCAGUAAAUUUUCAAUGUAUAUCACAUUAUCAACCUCAAUUUACAUACCUCAUAUUUACAAGGGACAUAUGUCUUAUUAGGUGUAUAAAUGUGCCGUCGUGUUUACGACGUGUAUGUACAUACUACACUCAUCUGUUUGUGUAUAGGUUUUCUGUGUAUUGACAGUAUUUCCAUGUUUUCCAUUCAUACUGUGUGUCUGUACAGAAACUCCAUGUUUGACGUGUGCGUAGUACCUCGGCGUGUGUAUCGUGCAGACAAUCCCUGUGUGUUUGUGUAAAUAACACGCACCCCUCGCGUCCGUGUGUGUGAGUCAUAUGAGAUCCAUGUGUACAGUAAGUGCUGCAGGGCUCUGUCCUAACCCAGCCGAGAGCCUUUCACCGUCAUGCCAUUACUGUGAAGCCUUGUCACCCAGGUUACUAGCCGUGUCACCCUGGUUACCAACAUAGCCCCAAAACGUGACGACCCCCCUCCCACCCCCGGUAACCAGUCGUGCGGCCCUGGUGAUCAUACAGCUUCGUCUGCUUUGUUACUCUAUUGUUUAUGUGCUUAUGAACUUACUCCCCCUACAUCAGUCCUAACUGGAACACUAGUGCUAGAAGUAGUCCUAAGAAAUAGUGAAGAACUUGAACUUCAUCUUCAGGAGAAAUAUCCUAAGAGUGUGCCUUGAGCAGUAGUUUUAAUUAAUUCCCAAGACAAGCAUGAGGCCAUUUGAGCGGAGUCCGGAUAAUGCGAUCGCGCAUAACGUAAACGGCUGGUCCUGCAGUGAUACUCAGUGUAAUUGCGUGAUUAACAUACACAUUAUACUGCAUUUAUGGUUGGUCAGAUUCAGAAUGCCAGUUGAGAAUGUUGGGAGCAGAACCCUGUUGUUGGUUGUUCCUUGACAAUUAUAACAACAGAGGGCGCAUUAUCUUCUGAAGCAUUGUAAUAUUCACACUGAUGCUAGGGCGUGAGAUGGUCUCCAAGAUGCAGCAGCUACGUGGUUUUGCGCAACACUUACCAGAGCCUGCAAGAAAACGCACUCUAAAGCUGGAACUGAAAACAGGUGCGCAGGAUGUCAUGGACCCAGACCAUGGCAUUCUCUAGGGGGUAGCUAGUGUUACAUGGCGGUCAUCAACCUCAUGCAAUAAACAGUCGGUUUAUUGUACUUUACGUUAAACAGUGUGAGGAAGGCUAAAGCAGGUUAAAUGGGGCAUGUUCUACACUAUGCCCAAAUUUUGCAUCUGAAUAAUUUCUCUUUUUGUUUACUUACGUUUUUUUUGUGUUUAAUGCACUGUGUUGAGCUACAGUAAUGUGAAAUGGCAGGGCAAGGAAUCAAGAAAAUCAGGACAAUCACUUUUCUCUCAAUAUUAUCUACAUUUGAAUUAUAAAAUAAAACAUUUCAAAGUAUCAGAUAUCACAACCAGACAAAUCAUUUUUAUAAAAAUCCAAUAAGUAACUGUAUUCAUGUCACUACCUUUUCUAUAUGUAUAUAUAAAACUAAGUCUUGAUUGAUGCAUUCUAGCACUACAUUUUGUUUGAUAGUAUGCCCCAAACAUCUUUUUGGUUAUGUUUUACAAUACUGUAUUGAGUCAGUGCAAAAAGAAAAAAAUUAUCAUGUUCAGAACAUGGAAAGUACAAGUCAUUCAAUAGUACUUCACUAAUAUAAUCAAAACAUCUUUAUGGGAUUAGCCAUUAGUGGCAGUUGACCACAGCCACACCAAACAAACAAAUAUCAACAGAAAAAGAGAGAUAAAGUUGCCAUAUUAUGGUUGUGACCCUGGUGAUUUGAGUAUAUUUCAAUCUACCGAAAGAAGACUUUGCAAUUCAUUAAACAAAGACAUGAAGAAGGGGUAAGUUGAACCUGCUAAUUUCCAAGAAGACAGCAGACAUUAAAAUAAAAAAUAUUACACAUAUUUCUAAUAUUCAAAAAAAUUUGAAUUUACCCAAAUUCACAUCCCCCAAUUUUUUUUUUAAAGCUGAACUAAUGCAACAAUACAUAUAUUUUUAUUAUUAUGAAGAAUGAUAAAUACAUAGAUUCUCCUGAUUUUCAAGAAUCCCUGAGGUAUAUCAAGUCAUUUAAUGCCCAGACCCAAGUAGGCUACUCCAAUGAGAAUACAGCUGUCGAUCUUUCAACUGCACAGUUUAACUACUCUUCCUCUGUUUUCCUGAGAUUCUUAAUAAGACCAGCCUAGUACAAACAUCUUGUACAAUAAUACCGAACUGACAGAAAAAACAGCAAAACUUUUCCGAAAUAACCACACAAUAGAAGCGUAUGCUCUGAAGCAAGUGAUUGUGUGAGGUAAACAAGUCUGCCACCAUUACAGACAGUGAGCUUUGCCAGCCAAGUUGGUAAUACAUGGAUAUUGCCAAUUAGCUAAUUAUGGUUUAAAACCCUUUCGUAACUGUACAGUCAGUCAGUUCAGUUAGAACUGAACUUUUUUAGAUGAAUAGUGCAGAAUGUUCUGCUGUGUCUCUACUCUUUCAUCCCAUGCAGAGAGAAACUUGUGUUCUCUGUUAAUAGCAUCUUGCUUAACCAGCUACUGAUUGGACUCGUGUGCUUGCUUCACACAGCAAGGCUUUCUCUUUGAACUCCGAUGUGAUACUUGCACCUGAAAUGUAAAAUUCAAUUUUGCUCUGCCUUGCUUCUAGAUUUUCCUGACCACUGGUUAGUAGCACUGGUCUACUUCACAAAGAUUGUAUAUAUUUGAAGACAGAAAUAAAUAAUAAACUUGAUUUUGCUUGACAACA